CUCUCGCGAGAGCGCCUCUGGCAGCAGGCGGAGCAGGCGCCGGGGUGAGCUCAUCCCGGGAGCUGGGGAGGGAGCGCAGCGCGGAGGCUCCUGCAGCAGUCGCAGCAACUUUGUUGGGAAGGGGAACGUUAAAUGGGAACGGCUCUAAACGGUCCCAAGGAGGGGAAGAAAGGAAAAGGGGGUGUCUUACUGAAAUCAGAGAGGACAUCCCUGGGGCAGGAUAUAAUCUGAUUUUUAGGCUGUUUCCACUAUAAGAAGAGCACCCAUGAUAUAUCGGGUACUUUCUGGACAGUCAGGAAUUGACAUUCCCUGUCCUGAGGAGAGCACAGUCUAAAGACAGAAGUGUAGAUGGAUGUAAGUGGAAAGGGAACAACAAAUAGGUUUCUAGUGAGUAUUUAUUGUUGAGUUCAUGAGGGACAGAGCAGAAAUUAGGAUCUGUAAAGUAAGAAAAGGUCAUACAAUUCAUUGUAUGGAUGCUGAAGCUACGUUAUGUGUAUUGGCCAACAUGCCAUGAAAUUAUAAUCACAAUUGCCAUUGACUUAAGUAAACGAAGAGUGGCUGACACAGGUCCAUCAACUUCUCUACUGAAUAAGUUGGCUUGCUACAUGGUCUAGACAGCCUUUCUUGCAAAGUAUCUAAACCAACUCAAAAGGCAUAAAAUCAUUGGAUUAUAAUAACUCUGAAGUUUUUGGAACUCAAGUGAUGUUAAAACAAUUUAGGCCUAUUGGAAUAUGGCCACCUAUUAAAAUGCAGAAGCUAAAGGAGCUAUUACAUAUCAAAACUUAUUGAAGACCUGAAUUUCCUGGAUAUCUGUCAUUUAACUGCUUCCUUAAAUGACCAUGAUUGGGAUCUCAUGCAAUCAGUGUAUAUUUUGGAGACUAUUCUCCAAAAGGGAAUUGUGCAUUUAAAAAGCAGAGAUGACUAUGUCUUCUUUUGGAACUUACUAAAGCUAAACAUAUUUACAAAUCAUGACCAGCUUGAAGCGGUCCCAGACUGAAAGAGCUGUUGCCACUGGGGUAGCAGUUGGAACAGAUGGAGGUUCUAAAGUCCACUCAGAUGACUUUUACAUGAGGCGCUUUAGGUCACAGAAUGGCAGCUUAGGAUCUGCAGUCAUGGCUCCAGUGGGGCCUCCACGCAGUGACGGUUCCCACCACCUUACCUCUACUCCUGGUGUUCCCAAAAUGGGAGUUAGGGCCAGGAUUGCUGAUUGGCCCCCAAGGAAGGAAAAUGUCAAAGAAACUAGCAGAUCAAGUCAGGAAAAUGAAACAUCAAGUUGCCUUGAUAGUAUGUCCUCUAAAAGCAGUCCUGGGAGUCAGGGGAGCUCUGUUAACCUGAAUGCUAGUGACUCUGUCAUGUUAAAGAGUAUCCAGAACACUCUUAAAAACAAAACAAGACAAUCUGAGAAUCUAGAUUCUAGGUUUCUUACACCUGAUGGUUACCCCAGUUCCCCUAGGAAAGCCCUUCGCAGAAUAAGACAACGCAGUAACAGUGACAUUACCCUAAGUGAACUUGAUGUGGAUAGCUUUGAUGAAUGUAUUUCACCCACUUUUAAAUCUGGGCCAUCACUGCACAGGGAAUAUGGCAGCACAUCCUCAAUAGAUAAGCAGGGAACUUCAGGGGACAGUUUUUUUGAUUUAUUAAAGGGUUAUAAAGAUGAGAAGUCUGAUCAGAGAAGCCCAGCUCCAGCCAAACUCAGUGAACUUCUGAUAGCCAGUGGAAGCAAGGGUUCAGGAUUCUCUUUGGAUGUGAUAGAUGGGCCUAUCACUCAGAGAGAGAACCUCAGACUCUUUAAGGAGAGGGAGAAACCACUUAAAAGGCGCUCAAAAUCAGAGACUGGAGAUUCUUCUAUUUUUCGUAAGUUGCGUAAUGCCAAAGGUGAAGGGGAACUCACAAAGUCUUCAGACCUUGAAGAUAACAGGUCAGAAGACAGUGUCAGGCCUUGGACUUGUCCAAAAUGCUUUGCCCAUUAUGAUGUUCAGAGUAUAUUAUUUGAUUUAAAUGAAGCAGCAAUCAACCGACAUAAUGUUAUUAAAAGAAGGAACACUACAACAGGAGCUUCUGCUGCAGCAGCAGCAUCAUUAGUUUCUGGGCCCUUGUCCCAUUCUGCAAGUUUCAGUUCUCCUAUGGGCAGCACUGAAGACCUAAAUUCAAAAGGAAAUCUCAGUAUGGACCAGGGGGAUGAUAAAAGCAAUGAACUUGUGAUGAGUUGUCCUUAUUUUCGUAAUGAGAUUGGUGGGGAAGGAGAACGGAAGAUCAGCCUGUCCAAAUCUAAUUCAGGUUCCUUCAGUGGAUGCGAAAGUGCCUCUUUUGAGUCUACUCUUAGCUCCCAUUGCACAAAUGCAGGAGUGGCAGUACUUGAAGUCCCCAAGGAAAAUCUGAUGUUACAUUUAGAUAGAGUGAAGAGAUACAUCGUUGAACAUGUGGACCUUGGUGCAUACUAUUAUCGUAAAUUCUUCUAUCAGAAGGAACACUGGAACUAUUUUGGGGUAGAUGAGAGCCUGGGUCCAGUAGCUGUGAGCAUUAGAAGAGAAAAACCAGAUGAAAUAAAAGAAAAUGGACCUCUGUAUAACUACCGCAUCAUUUUCAGAACCAGUGAGCUUCUGACUUUAAGAGGCUCUGUGCUGGAAGAUGCUAUCCCUUCUACUGCAAAGCAUUGCACAGCCAGAGGACUUCCCUUAAAAGAAGUGCUUGAACAUGUAGUUCCUGAGCUGAAUAUCCAUUGCCUCAGAUUGGCUUUCAACACUCCUAAAGUCACAGAGCAGCUUAUGAAACUGGAUGAACAAGGGUUAAGCUAUCAGCUGAAAGUGGGGAUCAUGUAUUGCAAAGGUGGACAGAGCACUGAAGAGGAAAUGUACAACAAUGAGUCAGCAGGGCCAGCCUUUGAAGAGUUUCUUCAGCUCUUAGGAGAACGAGUUCGACUCAAGGGGUUUGAAAAGUACCGGGCUCAGCUGGACACCAAGACUGAUUCAACAGGAACUCACUCUCUCUAUACAACUUACAAAGACUAUGAAAUCAUGUUUCAUGUUUCCACCAUGCUGCCAUACACUCCUAACAACAAGCAACAGCUCCUGAGAAAACGGCAUAUUGGAAACGAUAUUGUGACGAUUGUUUUCCAGGAAACUGGAGCACAGCCAUUCAGCCCAAAGAACAUUCGUUCUCACUUCCAGCAUGUCUUUGUCAUUGUAAGAGUGCACAACCCCUGCACUGACAACAUCUGUUACAGUGUUGCUGUGACAAGAUCCAGAGAUGUUCCAUCCUUUGGACCACCAAUCCCAAAAGGUGUUACCUUUCCUAAAUCAAAUGUGUUCAGGGACUUCUUACUAGCCAAAGUGAUUAAUGCAGAGAAUGCUGCUCAUAAAUCCGAGAAGUUCCGUGCCAUGGCCACCAGGACUCGCCAAGAGUACUUGAAAGAUCUAGCAGAAAAGAAUGUCACCAAUACACCCAUUGACCCAUCUGGCAAGUUCCCCUUCAUUUCACUUGCUUCAAAAAAGAAGGAAAAGUCCAAACCUUAUCCAGGAGCAGAGCUCCAUAGUUCUGGUGCCAUUGUGUGGAGUGUCCAUGCAAAGGACUAUUGCAAGGGUAUGGAAAUAGACUGUCUCCUGGGUGUAUCUAAUGAGUUUGUAAUUCUCAUUGAGCAGGAUACAAAGAGUGUGGUGUUCAAUUGUUCCUGCAGAGAUGUGAUAGGGUGGACUUCAACGGACACAAGCAUCAAACUCUUCUAUGACAGGGGUGAAUGUGUUUCUGUGGAGAGCUUUAUCAACAACUCUGAUGAUAUCAAAGAGGUCGUGAAAAGGCUGGAGUUUGUGACAAAGGGCUGUGAGACCACGGAGAUGACUUUACGUAGGAAUGGACUGGGUCAGCUUGGUUUCCAUGUGAACUAUGAAGGCAUUGUGGCAGACGUUGAGCCCUAUGGCUACGCUUGGCAGGCAGGAUUACGACAGGGCAGCCGGCUAGUGGAGAUCUGCAAAGUGGCUGUAGCCACUCUAAGCCAUGAACAAAUGAUUGACCUGCUGAGAACAUCAGUAACUGUAAAGGUUGUCAUCAUUCCUCCACAUGAGGACUGCACUCCGCGCAGGAGUUGUUCAGAAACCUGUCGCAUGCCAGUGAUGGAAUACAAAGUGAAUGAAGGAGUUCCAUAUGAGUUCAAAUUCCCCUUCAGAAACAAUAACAAAUGGCAACGAAAUGCAAACAAGGGGCAGGGGCCUCAUAUGUCACAGGUACCAUCCCAGAUACAAAGUCCAGGAACCUCUAGGAUUGGUUCAGGGAAAGGAGAAGGGAAAAUGCCGCCCCAAGAGCGAGCAGCCAACAUUCCCCGCAGCAUCUCUAGUGAUGGACGUCCAUUGGAGAGCCGGCGGUUGUCUCCUGGUUCUGAUGUCUAUGUCACAGUUUCAUCCAUUGCUUUAGCAAGAUCACAGCAGUGUCGCAACUCCCCCAGCAACCUACUGUCCUCAAGUGAGACUGGCUCUGGUGGGGGAACCUACAGACAAAAAUCUAUGCCAGAAGGACAACCUGAAACGAUAGUUCGGAGAUGGGAGUUGCUCCAGUACCUCUCAGAACAGUUCGGAAUGAGUCGUAGAUCCCCUGCCUCCAUUGACAGGCAGAACACGCAGACAGAUACUGGUAGCAGCGGCAAAUCCACACCAAGCUGGCAGAGGAGUGAGGAUAGUAUUGCUGACCAGAUGGAACCCACAUGCCAUCUCCCAGCUGUAUCAAAAGUACUGCCAUCCUUCAGAGACAGCCCCAGUGGAAGACUGAUGAGGCAGGAUCCUGUCGUUCACUUGUCUCCAAAUAAGCAGGGUCAUUCUGACAGCCACUACUCCAGCCACUCCAGCAGCAAUACUCUCUCCAGCAAUGCCUCCAGUGCCCAUAGUGAUGAGAAAUGGUACGACAGUGGCGAUCGCACUGAGUCAGAGCUGAACAGCUACAACUACCUUCAAGGGACUUCAGCUGAUAGUGGCAUAGAUACCACCUCCUACGGCCCCAGCCAUGGCAGCACAGCUUCUCUGGGAACCUCAGCAACGUCUCCUCGAUCAGGGCUUGCAAAGGAGAAAGUGACACCACUGUGGCAUAGUUCCAGUGAAGUAGUCUCCAUCGCAGACAGGACUUUAGAAAAAGAAAGCCAUGUUGUAGACCGGAAGACGGAGUCUUCACUAAGCCUGGAUAUUCACACCAAGAGUCAACCAGCCUCCAAUCCUUUAACAAGAGAGAACAGUGCUUAUAGUCUUAGUGAUGCCGUUUCCCACACAAGUACCAUGAGCUCACGACAUUCUGCCAGCCCAGUUGUUUUCACCAGUGCCAGAAGUUCACCUAAAGAAGAGCUUCAUUCUGCUACUUCCCCACAGCUCGCACCUUCUUUCUCCUCCUCCUCUUCCUCCUCCUCUGGUCCUAGGACUUUCUACCCUCGCCAGGGUGCUACUAGCAAGUACCUGAUUGGAUGGAAAAAACCUGGAGGGACAAUAAACUCUGUGGGGUUUAUGGAUACCAGAAAACGUCACCAGAGUGAUGGCAAUGAAAUGACCCAUCCACGGUUGCGUGCAUCAGCCAGAGAUCUACGGGCAUCACCAAAACGAGCAUCCCAGUCCACUGUUGAGGAAGAGCUGAAGAAACUGAUAGAUCUUGACAGCCCAACGCCAGAGUCCCAGAAGAAUUUUAAGUCUCCGUUCCCUAGCACUCCUACCACAAAGCGUGCCUUGCAGAGGACUUUGUCAGAUGAGAGUAUUUACAGUGGUCAAAGGGAACACUUCUUCACCUCGCGGGCCUCGCUCUUGGACCAAGCCCUGCCAAACGAUGUCCUGUUCAGUAGCACAUAUCCUUCUCUCCCCAAGUCACUACCCUUACGAAGGCCAUCAUACACUUUAGGAAUGAAGUCAUUACAUGGAGAGUUCUCUGCCUCAGACAGCUCCCUCACAGACAUCCAGGAUCAGAGAAAGCAGCCCAUGCCAGACCCGGGUCUUAUGCCCUUGCCCGAUUCUGCCUCCGACCUGGACUGGUCAAACUUGGUAGAUGCUGCCAAAGCCUUUGAGGUUCAGCGAGCCUCAUUCUUUGCUGCUAGUGAUGAAAACAACAGACCUGUGAGUGCUGCUUCCAAUAGUGAUCAGACUGAGGACCAGCUUACUGCACAGAUGAAGCCUUACACAGGUAAAGAGUCUCCUCCUACUCUCGCUUCCAAAGUGGACCAACUGGAAAGUUUGCUGAAGAUGCUCCAAGAGGAUUUAAAGCGGGAAAAAGAAGACAAAGCCAAUCUUCAGGCAGAAGUGCAACAUUUGCGAGAAGACAACUUACGGUUACAGGAGGAGUCCCAGAGUGCAUCUGAGAAACUGAAGAAAUUCACUGAAUGGGUUUUCAACACGAUUGAUAUGAACUGAGAACAGUAAAUGGGGAAGGAAAACAUCAGUUAUAAAUAAUUGUUAGUGGGACUUAGCUUUAAUGCCACCUUAAUCAUGAUAUGUGAAAGUAUAGUCAGAGCACUUCCCCGUCCUGUGUACUCUGAUGACCCCUUUUUGCGCCUCUGCACGCACUCAGAACAAUCGCAGAUCAACAAUCAUUGUCUGCCUUUUGUAGAAAAACAAAAACAAAAAAAUAAUUUAAAAAAGGUAAAAUAAAAGUUGAACUACUAAAAUGUGAAUGUCUUUAUUUUUUGCACAUUAUCUCUUUACCUGUUAUGUACAAAAUUAUUUGGAGGCUGGACCAGAAUUGUUCGGUCUAUUUGCCUCUAUUUAUUUCUAUUAACUCCUUUCUCUCUGUUUCAGGUAAUCUGCUUUUCCUUGCUGCUUUGAUAAAUAUUAUGACUCCUAGGAAACUAGAAAGAAACGUUUAUUUUGCUGCUUUCCUUACAUUGUUUUCUGAAGUAUGCCACAGACAAGGGGAUGUAAAAAAAAUGUUUUAGGUGUCUCCUGAAUGCUUUGUGCUUGAUCACUAGUGCUAUCUUCACAUAUGUUAUACAGAACAUAUGCCCAUAGUGUAUGGUACAGUACAAUCCGCAUCAGAAUAUUGGAAGAGAGAUUAGACACUUGAGCCAUGGAUGAGUCAGAUUAUCACACAUGUCCUUGCAUUAGCACUUCUAGUUGCCUUUGUUUCCUAUGGAAACAAUGGUUGCCAGGUACUUUAGGAAUAGUGCAACUUGGCAUGCUAAAUGGCACACUGCAUCAGGCUGACUGAGAGAAUAACUGCUGUAGUUCUGCGUAAGCAUUGUCUCCGUCCCUCCCCUACCUGGGAAUCUAUUACCUACCUAUGUAUAGUAGGUCCUUGGCUGAAGCUGUAAAGUGUUUGAUUUUUUUUUUUUCAAACUGUAUGCAUUUUCUAAUACACCAUAUAUGCCAUGUCAUUGCACCUGCCCUUCCCUCCCCACCCAGCUUGGUCAUAGAACUUUUCAAAUAAAAAAGGCAGAAGAAAUGUUUAUUAAUCUCAACUAUAUAGCAGGUCUUUGGCAUUAGUAAACCUUUAAUAACCUUGUUAUGGAUAAUGCAAAUGGAGAAAUAUAAAGCUGUAGUUAGAGACUUUGUCCCCUUCCUUAAGUAGUGGGACAAGGAGGGAAGCAGUAUUUUAACUUUUGGCUCUCUGAUGUCUGGAUUUCCCAGGGCAACUGGCUAGCAUAAGAUUUCCCUGCCUGCCGGGCAUCAUGAGGAUUAACUUGUUUUUCUUUGAAGGAGCUAUAAACUUGCCAUAAAAUGUCACCUCUCUAGAAAUACUUUUUUGGUGUCACAAUAUAACUCAUAUUACAACCUGCACAGAUAUUGAUGCAAGCCAUAUGCAGUGAAGUAUCAUCUUUGCCCUUCUCUGUAUGCAUCCCCUAACACCCUCACAUUGAAACACACAUUGCCUUACACAAGUAACAUUGUAUUAUUUGUCCAUUUCAGGAACAGCCUCCCCUUCUUCCACAGUCACCCACUCUCUCAAAAGAAAUCAUCAGUGGGAAUCUUCCAAGCUCUCUCUGAUGCACUUUUUCAUGCUCUUUGAUCCUACUACACAGGAACUUGCUACACUUUGACCUAAAGCUUAAUUUGUGGUGAUAAUCCCCAUGGAAUUCUUCUCUGAUGAUGUUUUGUCAUGGAAAUGAAUCUAUUUGGAACUAUUUCUGGAGUGCUUUUGUAAAGGUUGAGAAUGUCCUGUUAUUUUUUAAAAAAUGACUUGUAUGAAGGAGAUUUGUAUAAUGCCUGAUAUUAUUUGUAAAUCAGAAAUAUUGCUAACAUCCCUGAGCAUCCUGAAGUCUUGCUUAUUCUCUUCUAUUUUUAUGUUUGGUUUGGUUUUUAUUUUAUUUUAAAAAAAAAAUUGGGACUUGGGGCAGACUAUUUAUUAGAGUUUUGCAACAGAGUUCUUGUAUGAAGCCUCUAAAGGCAACUUGUAAAAUUCUGACAAUAAAACUCAUUUUAAAGGCUCUUCUAAAA